UUGGUCCCAUCGAGGAAACCCUAGAAAAACCUCUCUGCGGCCGAAGAAGCUCAAACGAGAACUUCAUCACCAGCCGUUUCAGAAUGAAGGUCAUUGCUGCCUAUUUGCUUGCUUUGCUUGGUGGGAACUUGAGCCCUUCUGCUGAUGAUCUGAAGAAUAUCCUUGGAUCAGUUGGAGCUGAAACUGAUGAAGAUAAGUUUGAGUUCUUCUUAUCUGAAGUUAAGGGCAAAGACAUAACUGAGCUUAUCGCUUUGGGUAAGGAGAAAUUGGCAUCAGUGCCUGCUGGUGGUGGUGGUGGUGGUGCCCUUGUGGUGGCAACUCCUGCCGGAGGGGCUUCCACUGCUGGCCCCGCUGCAGCUGAGCCAAAGAAGGAAGAGAAGGUUGAGGAGAAGGAAGAGUCAGAUGAUGAUAUGGGCUUCAGCUUGUUUGAUUAAUUGUUUCUUGGGAAUCACCUUUCGGUGGAUUGUCAAUUUAUGCACUCUGGCAAGGAUGUUAACUUCUGGUACUAUAGGGCUUUAUCUUUAUUUCUAGAACAUAGGCCAUUUCAAGCCAACCUCUUUUUGUGUUCAAUGAACAAACAAGUUUGGAAUAGGUACAGUGACAGUGAAGGGUUUUCUUUUUCAUUCUCUUUUAAUGCAACAUUUUGUUUCGGCAGAUUAA